AUGCUGGAGCUUACAAGCAACACUCGCUGCAGUGGUUACCAGACCGCGGCAGAUCGAAAAUGCUUCAACUGUAAGAAGACCGGCAACCAGUGCGUCUUCCAGCCAGUUAAUCCCGGCUUUACUUUUUUUGUUCCAAUCCCGACCAUCCAGGACGGCGUGACUACCCUGGGCACCCAUCUAGUUUGCCCUUUUGGACAGCCAAUGAGCAGCCACCAUUUUCAAAGCAGUGCCCAGCAACCUUCCGGCAGCCGGAGUGAAAUGGACACUAAAAUGCUUAGCCAACUUAACGGGGGUGUUAGCUAG